GAAAAAAAACAUUGUCCUCGCGGAUGGUGGAGGAUGGUUCCUCGGUACCGCCGGCGACGACCCCUGCACUUCGAUCGAAACAAGUGUCUGUGACUCUGUAUACAAGAUGGUGGUACCUACCAGAACAGUCGGUUGAUCGCUUGUGCGAAAUAGUAAUCUGUCAUUUUUGUUCAGUGAAUUUGUGAGUAAUAAAAAGCAAAAGCGUGUAUACGUAGUGAAUCGAGUAAUUGCAAGUCAGGAUCUUGAAAAUGUAAUCAGUCUAAAGCCCAGUCCGAUUGACGGAGCUCUGGGUUAUAUGUGCAGGCAAGAAAUUUGCCGCGAGGAAGAGGUCAGUUGUUUCGAGCGGUGCCUAGUGCGCGGAUCAGUCGGCCCAAGUCCUCGGAACGAUUCAGUGCUACUAAUAAAAUUGGUGUCCUUUUUCACAUCAAAGUAUAAUUGAGAAGAACCUCUUUGUUACGGAGAACAAAUAAUCGACAAUGGAGCAAAGAGAACGUUAUGAUGAAUUAUGCAGACUCUGUGCCUCCUACGAUGCCGUCAAGAUGGAUCUUUUCGGCCAGGAAGGCAAAAAUCGUCAACUAAUUGACAAAAUACAAGCCUGCCUACCGUUUAAGAUAGCAGAGAAUGAUCGCCUACCAAAGUGUCUUUGCUAUCGUUGCAUGUACAAUUUAGAAAAUUUUUACGACUUCAGGACAGCGUGUGUGAAUGCAGUUGCACUUUUAGAAAGGUGUCUACCUCAUGAUAAAGAUAGAAAUGAUGAGAAUCGAAGAAAUCCACCGGAACAUUAUUCAGAAUUACGAACUGAACUUCUUAAAGAAAAACAACAUAUGCCAAUACUUAUUCCAGAAGCCCCCGUAGUUAAUCCAAAUGCAGCGUUGGGAACACCACCGAGACUCAAUUCUGAUGGCGAAGCUGAUAAUGACGAUGAAGAAAUUUUGGAACAAAGUGGUACAGAAGAAGGAGUUGACGAUGCAGAGGACAGAAAAUCAGAGGAAUACGAAAUGGAUAUGGAAAUGAAUCCAAGUGAUUUUUUGGAAAUGACACCAAUGGUUACAGAGGAUAUUGAAGAUAAUAUAAGAGGUGGAAUUGUAUCAACGCGAACGCAAAAUGCAAGACCAUUGCAUCAUAAAUCAGAGCAACAUGAAGUUUAUGUUUGUUCACUUUGUAACAAGGCAUUCAGCUCAAAAGGUCAUUUGUCGCUUCACGCACGAAUACAUGUUGGCGCAGGUGAUGUAAUCGGUGAAAAAGUUAUCACUGACGAUCAUACAUCAUACAAAAGGCCCUAUCAAUGUGACUUGUGUUAUAAGGCUUAUUCAACUGCAAAACAUCGAUGGGGUCAUGUUUCAACGACGCACAGAGGACAUCCUGCGGUAACAUGUAGUUACUGUUCUCGCAUUUAUUCAACGAGAGGAAAUCUAGAAGAACAUAUUAGAUCAAGACACGCUGGUUUGCCACUUCCGCCGGAAUUACCAGUUUCCUAUGUACAACCGGAAAAUAAAUAUCAAUGUAAAACAUGUCCAAAAAUGUAUACAAAUACAACGGAUCUUAAUAAACACAGUCGAAUUUGUACUGGUGUUCAACAAAAGGAAUUGCCAAAUAAUUUAAUAAUAGAAAAAUUGAAAAGAAGUCACAUUGUUGAUACAUCAGAUAUGUCAAGUAAUGAAUCAACUGAUGAAUCAAAGGAAUAUAAAAAUGCCGAAGCAAAACUUGCAAAAAAUCCACAACUCACAAUUCUUAAACAGGCACUUACCAAAGGUGAUAAUUUAAAGAGAAAUUAUGAUGAGAAAUAUAAAAUUAAUUCCAAAUCGAAGAAACAAAAUGAAAAUAGUGAGACUGAUGUACAAAAACGAUGGUACUGUGAAUCUUGUUCACAAAAUUUUAAUUCUUUGGAAAGUUUUAAAGAACACGAACACACUCACGAAAUGGAGAAACCAUAUUUUUGUCUAUUAUGCGAAAAGGACUUUGCGCAAAAAUCAAUUUUGGGUAAUCACAUUGUUACAAUUCAUGGCGUUGAUCCAAAUCCAAUUCUUGAGAGUGAUCGAUGUUUGAAAAAGUGGAAUAAAAAACAGGACACGAAUGGUAAGAUGAAUUUAACAAUUAAAAGAGAAGAAUCGCCGGAUGCAAUUUUGGAAAACGAUGAAGAUGAACAACAACAACAACCGGAAAGUAAUAAAAUGAUUGAAAUUGAAACAGUUUUUGUGUGUGAAAUUUGCACUCGCGAUUUUAAUGAUAGAGCAUCAUUGUGGCUUCAUAUUCGUGCAACGCAUAAAGAAUUUGCCGCAUUUGCAUGUGGUGUUUGUUUAAAAAUUUGCUCUGACAAUGCCCAAUUAUUAAAUCAUGUCAAUAUGUAUCAUGGUGGUUCAAAACUUUUAAUGUCAGAACAAAGACGCUAUAGUUGUACAAUUUGUGGACGACAGCAUGAUUCGCGUAAAAAAUUAAUAACACAUGUAUCAAUUCACAAUGUUGAUCCUAGCUAUGAUCCCGCGAGUUUUGUUCAAUUGAAUAGCAAUUAUUAUAAUGAAAAUUUAAAUAGCAAUGAAGGAAACGAACAAAUUGAUGGUGAAAUUGAAGAUAGUGAAAAAGUUGAUUGCUAUAUUUGUUAUAAAUCAUUUCCAAAUGAAGAUCAUCUUAUAAGACAUCAACGAAAUGCUCAUAAAUCCGAUCCAGCUGUUGCAAUUGGUGAAUCGGCAUCAAAUGGCAAUGGUCCAGGUUCAAAUGGAAAUGGAAAUAGGGCACAAUAUCAUUUAUUUUUUAUUUGUGAACUUUGUGGAAGUUCAUAUCCAAGUAAAUGGGAACGUUGGCUACAUGUCUCAAGUGUACAUGGUAAUGAGCCAUCAAUAAAAUGUGAAAGAGAAGAUUGUGCAAAAAUAUUUGCAACUAAAUCAUUACGUAAUGAACAUGCUCAACAUCAUAUGAUUCAAGGUAGUUCGCCAAAUACAUGUGAAAUAUGUGGAAAAUUAUGGGGCAGUCGUGUUGAUUAUUGGAAGCAUGUAAUGGGCGUUCAUUCCGAUACUGUUCCAUUAAUUUGUGGUGUUUGUCUAAAAGUAUUUCCAAAUGUUAUGCAAUUAAGUUCACAUGUUAAAACAAAUCAUUGGCCAUUAACUAAUGGUGAUUUUAGUUGCGAUAUUUGUGGAAGGCCUUAUUCGAAUAAAUCAAAAAUGUCAAGACAUAGAAAAAUUCAUGGUCUCGAUGGUGAUGGUAAUGCAAAUCCUGAUCCAAGUGAAUAUAUGAAUGAUACAGGACGUUUUGAUAAUGGUGCAACGGAAGUUGAUUUUAGUUGUGAAAUGUGUGGAGAUUUGAAAUUUAUAUCAUUGGAGGAUCUUUGUAAUCAUCGAAGAAUGACACAUAGUUUAUUUCCCUGUGAUUUGUGUAAUAAAUGUUAUGGACGAACGUCACAUUUAUGGAAGCAUGUUAAUCGAGUUCAUAAAGGUCAUAAGGAUGUGACUUGUCGAUUUUGUUUGAAAACAAGCGCAUCGAGGGAUCAUUUAGCGGCGCAUAUUGCAAAAAUUCAUCGAUAUGAACCGGAGGUGAAGAAUAAUGUGAGAGAAUCAAUGAAUCAUAAAGUCAAUAUUCCUGAGGAUGAAAUUCUUCAUCAUUGUGAAAAAUGUAAUAAAGGAUUUCAUAAAAGAUAUUUAUUACGACGUCAUAUGAAGGGUUGUCAGAAUUAUCGUAAAGAUCCUGGAGCACUUUUGACACGAUGUCGAGCUUGCGAGAGAAUAUUUAAAGACAGAGCAAGUCUUCAAAAACAUAUUGAGAAUCAUCAUAGUAGUUAUACUUGUCAUUUGUGUAAUGAAACAAUCACAUCAAAAUUGGCAAUAAUGACACACAAUCGUGUUCAUCAUAUGAAUCAUCCAGAUCUUACGUGUGAUUAUACUAAUUGUAAAAAAUUAUUCCGUACUAAAGAGGAUCUUGAAUCUCAUAAAAAAGAUCAUCGAUAUCAUACAUCACCGAAUGUUUGUGAUUUUUGUGGUGAUACAGUGGAAAAUAAAUUAAAAUUAAAAAUGCACGUUUUGUCAUUACAUCGAAAUGAAAUUGGUGUUUCUUGUGGUGUUUGUUUAAUUCCAAUGAAAGAUCCAAAAGAUUUAAGAAAACAUGUUGAGGAUUCACAUAAAGAAAUUCUUUUGAAACCAAAUACAUGUCAAGUUUGCGGUAAACAAUAUGCAUCAAAAUGGAAAGCAUUUGAUCAUACAAAAAAAUGUCAUGGAAAAGUUUUUAAAACUUGUAAACAAUGUUUGGCUGUAUUUAUCACUGAAGAGGAUAUGAAGAAUCAUUAUGAGCAUGUUCAUAAUGUGCCUAAGGAUCAAUUAGCAACUUAUGAAUAUCGUUUGGAAAUUGGACGCAAACGUCAUUAUGAUUCAUUGGAAAUUGUGAUGAAAGAAGAACCAGAGGAAAUGGAAUUAUAUGAAGAGCCUGUUGAAGAUUAUUCAAUGGAUUAUAAGAGAAGAAUAUCUGAAUCUGAUUACGAUUAUGAUGCACGAGCUUAUUAUUCCAACGAGCAGGAUGAAAUUCAUUCAGCAAAAAAAAUGAAAUUUGAUUCUCGCGGUAAACAUAAAAUGAAGGAUCACGUCAACUAUGAAUGUAGACCUUGUAAUGUUCAAUUUGAAUCGAAGGAACAUUUUUACGAACAUAUUGUUGUUUGUCGUAAUCUUACAAUUGAACAGAAAAUAAAUGAUCAAGAAUGUUAUGUAUGUAAAUCAUGUAAUUCACAAUUUGAUUCAAAGGAAUUAUAUCAUGAUCAUCUUUUUGUUUGUCGUUGUCUGCCAAUUGGUGAAGUUCCCAGUUUUUCGACAUCAAUUCUCGAAGCUCAUUUAAAGAAUAAUAAUCAAAUUAAAAACGAAGAACAUGAUGAUGUGGAUAAUUUAAAUACUCCAGAUUUCAAUCUUUUUGAAGAUAUUAAUAUGCAAUUAUCAGGACAAAGGCCGGUGCAAAAUUUAUCGAUAAAAUCAUCAUCAAGUAGCAAUAAAUGUUCAAGAAAAGAUUCAAGAAAAGUUUAUGAUGAAUCAACAAACACUGAAUGUACUUGUGAGGUUUGUGGAAAACAAUGGCCAGCAAAGAAACAUUUGUGGCAACAUUUAAUUCGUUUUCAUCGAACGGAAGCUGCUGUUACUUGUGGUGUUUGUUUGAAAUUGUGUAAGACCUAUGAGGAUUUAGCUGAUCAUUUAAAAGCUGCCCAUCAAGCUUUAUUAUCAUGUGAAGGAAAUAAUUUCACUUGUAAAAUAUGUGGAAGAUAUCAUAAUGCAAGAAGUAAAUUAUUAUUGCAUAUGAGCAUUCAUAUCAAUUGUAAGAAUAAUCCAAUGUGCAACAAAUGUAAACGCAGCUUUGAAACUGAUGAUAAAUUGAAGGAACACAUUGGAAAUUGUGAGGGUAGACAAUCAGGUUUGGGAGUUCGGCACGAUGCAGCGAAUAAGGAUGAAAAAGUUGAGAAUGAUGAGAAAGGAAGCGAGGGAGAAGAAAAGGAGGCAGAUUUUGGUUCUGAAGGUGAAGAGAAAGCUUCUGAUAAUGAUGAAAGUAGUUCUGAUGAUUCGGAUGAUUCAGAAACGGAUAGUUCAUCAAGUUCGAGUGACGAUGAUGAGGAUGAAGAUGAUAAUGAGAAUGAGGAUAAUGAAAAUGAAGAGAAUGGAACUGCACCUGAAUCAAGAACAACUAGUAGACUUGGAGAAUUGAGUUGUACAAGUGAUAGUGAAGAUGAAGAGUCUGAUAAUUCGGAUGAUUGUGAAAAUGAAAUUAAUUCCCGUGUAAAAUCAGAAGAGGAAAAAGAAACAACAAUUAAAGAACAAAAGGAAAUAAGAAGAAUUAAAACAGAAUUGACAUUAUCGGAAUCAGAUACAAAGGAUUCGACAGUUUUUGGAAAUUUAGAAAUGAAACCAGAGAAAACAAUGGAUAGUAUGGAUUAUUCUGAUGAUGAGGGACCACCAGUUUUGAGUCCUAUGAUGCCUUUAUUGCCUUCGCAAGAUGAAGAUAUGACUAGUCAGAUUAAUGAAAUGAAUAAAUUAAGUCCUAUGGUAAAUUUGGAAAUGAAGAUGGAGAAUGAUUUGAAAAAUUCGAAAAUAAAUUUAACUGAAGCUGAUCCAACAGAUUCUGAAAGUGAUGAUGAAAAUAAAAUGUGUAUCUAUGAAGAAAGUGCACAACUUAAACAGGAUAUUUCGGGUACAAAUACAGAUGACGAUGAUGAUCAUAAUGAAGAAGAAGAAGGAGAAGAAGGAGAGGAAGUAGAAGAGAUGGAUUUUCAGAAUGAAAUGAAUCAAGAAAUAUUUGAAGAUAAAGGAACACAAGAUUCUAUUGCAACGGAAGAAGAAAGUAAUAAUGAGAAUGUCGAGGAUGGAGGAGAAGAAGAGGAAGAGGGACAAGAAGCAGAGGAGGAGGGUGAAGAAGAAGAAGAGGAGGAGGAGGAAGCUGCAGAAGAAGAAGAAGAUGAUGAAGAAGAAUUAUAUGAAGUUGGAAAGGAACAAAUUGUAAAUGAUACAAUUGAACAGUCAGAGAUAAUGUCCGACAAUUUUGUAGAAAAUUUUGACGAAGUCGAGGAGGGAGUUAUAAUUGAAGGAGCAGAAGAACUUCAAAUGGAAAAUAAUGUUGAAAUUGAAGGAGAAUUAGACGACAAUAAUUCUCUCAUUGAAGAAGAAAUUAUAGGAGAAGAAAAUUAUGAAGAUGAAACUAAUAUAGAAGAUAUUAACAAUGAGGAUCAUUCCAUGCAGAAUUUAAAUAAAACUAUUUUAACUGUUGGUAAGGAUCUUGAAGGUAAUCCUAUUUUAAUUCGUGAAGUAGUAACUGAAUAUGUUUAUCAAGAUGAUUUUGAUGGUGAAACUGAUUAUGUACAAGUUCCACAUGAUCAAAAUACUUUCUUCAAUGAUGAUGAAGAAGAAGUAGAGGAAGAAGAACAAGAAGAAGAAGAAGAAGAAGAUAAUCAGAGAAUGACCGAUGGAACUUUUGAUAUAAAUAAUGAUGAUGAUGAUGAUAAUAAUCUUGAUGACCAAAAUAUUAUUGAGACAAAUAUUUUGACUGGUGAGGAAAUAGAAAAUAAUGAGAAGAUAGAGAAUGAAAAAUUAGAUGAAAAUAAAAUUGAUGAUGGUGAAUCGGAAGAGUCAAGAAUGAGUGCCAAAAGUUAAAGUGUCAAAAACUCAAAUAUUUGACAAAGUGACGUAAGAUGAGCUUGAGAGGGACCACGAAAACGUCACUAACCAUUUCCUAUGUACCUUACACAAAAUCACACACACGUACUAUUGUAUAGUAAGUUAAUUUAAAUUAUUAAGAGUGUAAAUUUUUCGCUGGACAAAAAGGGCCCUAACUGUCACGCUUAAAAGUCGUAUGGGCAUUUUAUUAUUAAGGGAAUGUUGACGAAAAUAUUUCUUAUGUUGUGCUAUGCCCAACUUUUGAUUACAUUUCUUACUUAUAUUGCGUUUUUCCAUUCUAAAAAAAAAAUUUUAUUUCAUUCCUGAACUCGUCUCAAUUCAUUAAGAGACUUAAAAAAUCCCUAUAUUUAUUUCUUUCAAGUAAUUUGUCAAAUAUUGACUUAAGUAUAGUAUUUUAAGACGAAACUUGUAAAAAAAAAAUAUCGAGUAAAACUAUUACUUGUAAAAAGAAACAAUUUCCAGUUCCUGAAUAAGUAUAUACGCGAUAUCAUUUUCCAAAGUUUCGAAACAAUUUAGUAUAUUUUACUUGCACGCAAUUUGUGUUCUUUACUGAUUGAUUGAUUUGUAAAUUGUUAAAAAAAAUAUAUAUGCGAGAGAAUGGACUUUUAUAGUAAGAUGUAAGAAUUAUUUUUGAAACACAAUCCUUUUUAUUGUGUUAAAAGUAUUUCCUUUGAAAGUUUCAAGUUUUAUUGUGGCUUCCUUUUGGUGAUAAAAAAAAAAAACACUUUUCCAAUCAGGUUCUUGUUUAACAAAAUUUAACGAGUGAAUGUUGUUUAUCAAUAAUUUGCUCUAUACUUCGUAUAUGUAAAUAAUGUAGCAUAGAGCCAACAGUGAAAAAGCGAUUAGCUUUAUACGUGAAAUGCAAAAUAUAUUUAGAACUAUAAAUAAGGUAUGAAAGGCAAAAAUUAUGUGUGAACGGUUAGAUUUGCCUAAAUUUUAAAAAGGCAGUUCCACUGAUGUUAUCAAUUAUGUUCUAUUACAUAUAAUUAAGAUUUAAUUUAAUAAAAAAAAAAAAUGUUUAUUGUGAUAAGCCACUUGCUAAACUGAUGUAUAAAGAAUAUAUUAUAAAGACAAAAAAAAAAAAUGAAACUUCCAAAUCUUUCACGGAUAAAACGCAAAGGGCGUCAUAUUUUAAUCACGCGAUGAAAAAAAAAAAUAGUUUAACUUAUCAUUUGAAAAAGAUAUAUAGUUUGACACAGCCAAGGCUAACAAUUGUUAUAUCAGAAACGAAUUUUUGAAUAAAUGCCUGAGGUCAUUUGCACUUA